UCCUCUCUUCCUGGACACUUCAGGGAUCUGGUGGCAGGACCCACCAUCCCGGGCAGCAGUGGAGGCGUCCUGGGACGUUGCAGAGAUGGCAGCUCUGCGGAAAGCUGUGGAUGAUGACUCGGACCUGAGCCAUCUGGAGGGGGACAGCGCGGAGGAGCUGGCUGUGCCCGACCCGGAGCUGGAGGCCAUCAAAGCCAGAGUGAGAGAGAUGGAGAAAGAGGAUGAGAGGCUGAAGGAGUUGCAGCUGGAAGCUGAGAACCGCCUCAUCAUGAGCUCGGAGGCAGGUCUCUUCCCAAAGACAACCGAGGAGAAGAUGGAGGUUGACCAGCGAUCUAUCUACGUGGGCAAUGUGGAUUAUGGUGGCACAGCAGAAGAGCUGGAGUCUCACUUCAACAGCUGUGGCCUUUGGGAGCAGCGAGGUGUCCCUGGAGCUCUGCUCACCUUGUCCCCUUGCAGGUAUGCCUACAUUGAGUUUGAAGAGAAGAGCUCUGUGAAGGCUGCGGUGGAGCUGGAUGAGAGCGUGUUCAGAGGUCGUGUCAUUAAGGUGCUGCCCAAGAGGACCAACAUGCCGGGCAUCAGCACGACCGACCGUGGAGGAUACCGGGGCCGUUUCCAAGCCCGGGGAGGGCUCGGCCAGCGAGGAGGCUACUAUGGAGGGCAGCACCCCAGGGUGAGAGGGAGGACGUACAGGGGUCGGGCAAGGCUGCUGCCUUGGUAUUUUCCAUACUAG